AUGAUUGAGGAAGUCAAGAUGCUAGCACCAGGCACCUUGAACUCCUUGUCAAUCCCUGUGAAGCGCAAACGUUCUGAUUCCGCCACCGAUGCACCCGCCCCGACAAAACUGUGCACCGAGUCAACGCGUCUACCCUCAGUGAUCUCGACCGACUCUAUUCCUUCACAGACCUCAAAUUCUCCGGUCGCAUCGCGUCCAUCGGCGCAGGUCGCCGUCGCCGCUCCCAGUAUCUCCCGACUUCGGGAAACGAUUUCAGCCCAACUGAGCUUGGAAGUGCUUCUGAAGCACAAUGAACUCCGUCUCAUAGACCAGGAGAUCGCCAAGUGUCAGGUCGCUCUGGAACAGCUGCGACGCUGUGGCGAAAUCCCUUACCCGGGCUCUCACGUCGCCGGCUUGUCCGCGGAUGUGAGCUCCGGCACUGGCGCCUCACUGUUGGCACCUGGAAAUGGUCCGGCAGUGUCGCCUGCGCCGUGGGGAAUAACUGACGGACCGUACGCGCGACACUACGCUCGGUGGUUGAUUCAGGACCCGCGCUUCGAUGGCGAGGACUCUGGGAUGUUGGCUGGAACUCUUCCGGAGGGUCGCUCGACGCGUGGGAAUCCAGGGGACCUGAGUAUGUUUGCUGGAAAGUCGCGCCCUCAGCGUGGCUCAACUGGUGCAAAGCAUACUGCGCUCCCGGCUGGGUAUCCCGUGGUCAAGGAAAAGUCUGGGCCGAUGCUCAUCCGACGCAAGUCAGAUGGUGUGUUGGUGAAGUUGGUUUGUCUGGACUGUCGACGGGACAACUUCUCCAGUACUCAAGGUUUUAUAAAUCAUUGUCGCAUUGCGCACAACCGCAACUUUGCUAGUCAUGACGCUGCCGCUGUGGCGUGUGGUCAAUCUGUUGAGGUGGACGACGCGGGAGUUGUGGUCGGUGGUUCUGCUGAGCCUACUGCUAACCCUAUGACUCCGGGAUACGUUCACCCUCUGAUUCGCUCGAACCUUGCUACCCCUUCAAAAGCUCUCCCAACACCCGCUAAAGACGUUGUUACUCCUUCUAAGCCCAUCGCGGCUAACGCCUCCGCUGUUGCUACUCCUCCCGCCACUGACCCGACUCGCCGACAAGCUGCUCCUGUCAGACUACCUCCGAACCCCAGCUUCCUGGCCUCCCCUGCCACUCCUCACUUGUCUGCCCUCAUGAAAUCUCGAGGCGCCGGUCUCGACAUGAGCAAGUUGGUGCAGGAAUUUCAGCAGCCCGUGGAUCUUGGCGCCCUCUCUGAUGAGGACUGCGACUCCGACGACAGCCGACCAACACAAACCCAGGACCUCGGUGCCCGCGCUGGUCGCCAGCCAAUGCGCAUGCCCGUUGGACAAACCGCCGAGCCCGAGAGCCGAAAGGCCCUCGAACGCGCCCAUGUUCCAAUGGACCAAGCCACCCCUUCGCGACCCCAGACCUUCUUGGACAUCACUCUCGCCGGCCAAGCCCAGUCCAUGGAGUCUCGCUCAGACCUGGACCAUGUCAACCUCAGUCCUCACGCGAUCGAGUCCAAUCAAGCCCCCAGCUUGGUCAGUGAUGACGAGGACGACUACGAGGCCGCGUCUGAUUCCGACACUCCCCCGCCUUCGCACGCAGACGAAGAGGAGCAAGAGUUUCGCCACAUUGAAGUCGAAGAUGACGAGCGUGCCGCGGCACCAACUACCACAGAAGCCAAGCCUGGCCCAUCUCUCGCGAAUCCUGCGCCCAACCACGGACCCCCUGUCCAGACCUUGAAGCGCUCCCGCUCGAAGAAGAUCUCCUCCAUGCCUUUCGACGAAGACCGUGUUGGUUAUGUCCACCCGGAUCAGGCAAAACGCGCUGCGGAACGCAAGCCCUGA